GGCCACAACUUUCAGUAAGUGACAGCAGCUCAGGAAGCUGAGGGGCCCACACAGGAAGGAGCCCAGUGGGACUUUCCUCCGGCUGCCGCCCUGCUCUGCCCUCCUGUCCUUAGCCCGGGCUUCCCAGCUGCCAGACAGGCUACCCCUAUGGCGCCUCCAAGUGAGGAGACACCCCUGAUCCCUCAACGUUCCUGCAGCCUCUCAUCUUCAGAGGCAGGUGCCCUGCACGUGCUGCUGCCUCCUCGGGGCCCUGGACCCCCACAGCGCCUAUCCUUCUCCUAUGGAGACCAUUCAGCUGAAGAGCUGUGUGUUUGGGCUGCUAAGGCCAGUGGCAUCCUGCCUGUGUACCACUCCCUCUUUGCCCUGGCCACGGAGGACCUGUCCUGCUGGUUCCCCCCGAGCCAUAUCUUCUCCGUGGAGGACUCAAGUACCCAAGUCCUGGUCUACAGGCUCCGCUUUUACUUCCCCAACUGGUUUGGGCUAGAGAAGUGCCACCGCUUCGGGCUGCGCAAGGACUUGGCCAGCGCCGUCCUUGACCUACCAGUCCUGGAGCACCUCUUCGCUCAGCAUCGAAAUGACCUGGUGAGCGGCCGCCUCUCCGUGGGCCUCAGUCUCAAGGAGCAGGGGGAAUGUCUCAGCCUGGCGGUGCUGGACCUGGCCCGGAUGGCCCGCGAGCAGGUUCAGCAACCUGAGGAGAUGCUGAAGACUGUCAGCUAUAAGGUCUGCCUGCCCCCCGACCUGCGCGACCUGAUUCAGGGCCUGAGCUUCGUGACGCGGAAGCGCAUCCGGAGGACGGUGCGCCGGGCCCUUCGCCGUGUGACCGCCUGCCAGGCUGACAGGCACUCGCUCAUGGCCAAGUACAUCAUGGACCUGGAGAGGCUCGACCCGGCCAGGGCGGUCGAGACCUUCCCCGUGAACCUCCCCGGGGCUGCUGGUGGUGAGGAUGCGAAGGGGCUGCUCCGAGUGGCUGGUGACAGCGGCAUCGCCUGGAGUUCGGGAGGACAGGAGGCCCUCCAGCCCUUCUGCGACUUUCCAGAAAUUGUGGACAUCAGCAUCAAGCAGGCUCCGUGUGUUGGCCCGGCCGGGGAGCACCGCCUGGUCACCGUCACCAGGACGGACAACCAGAUCCUGGAGGCCGAGUUCCCGGGGCUGCCCGCCGCGUUGUCCUUUGUGGCGCUUGUCGAUGGCUACUUCCGGCUGAUCUCCGACUCCAGGCACUUCUUCUGCAAGGAGGUUGCGCCGCCACGGCUGCUGGAAGAAGUGGCCGAGCAGUGCCACGGCCCCAUCACCCUGGAUUUUGCCAUCAACAAACUCAAGACCCAGGGCUCACGUCCCGGCUCCUACAUUCUCCGCCGCAGUCCCCAGGAUUUUGACUGCUUCCUCCUCACUGUCUGUGUUCAGACCCCCCUGGGUCCUGAUUACAAGGGCUGCCUCAUCCGCUGUGACCCCACAGGAACCUUCUCCCUGGCUGGCCUCGGCCGUCCCCACAGCAGUCUUCGAGAGCUCUUGGCAGCCUGCUGGAAUGGUGGGCUGCACGUGGAUGGGGUUGCGCUAAGCCUCACUUUCUGCUGCACCCCCAAACCCAAAGAAAAGUCCAACCUCAUUGUGGUACGGAGGGGUUGUAGCCCACCCACAUCAUCCCCUCUUCAGACCCAAUCCCAAGGCCAGCUGAGUCAGAUGACGUUUCACAAGAUCCCUGCUGACAGCCUGGAGUGGCAUGAGAACCUGGGUCAUGGAUCGUUCACCAAGAUUUACCGGGGUUGUCGCCAUGAGGUCGUGGAGGGGGAGGCCCGGAAGACAGAGGUGCUGCUCAAAGUGAUGAAUGCCAAGCAUAAAAACUGCAUGGAGUCAUUUCUGGAAGCUGCGAGUCUGAUGAGCCAAGUGUCAUACCAGCACCUCGUGUUGCUCCAUGGCGUGUGCAUGGCUGGAGACAGUAUCAUGGUGCAGGAAUUUGCACACCUGGGAGCGCUGGACACCUACCUGCGCAAGUCUGGCCACCUGGUGCCAGCCAGCUGGAAGCUGCAGGUGAUCAAACAGCUGGCCUAUGCCCUCAACUAUCUGGAGGACAAAGGCCUCCCCCAUGGCAAUGUCUCAGCCCGGAAGGUGCUCCUUGCUCGUGAAGGGGCUGAUGGGAACCUGCCCUUCAUCAAGCUUAGUGACCCUGGGGUCAGCCCUGCUGUGCUAAGCCUGGAGAUGCUCACAGACAGGAUCCCAUGGGUGGCCCCUGAGUGUCUCCUGGAGCCCCGGACACUUGGCUUGGAAGCUGACAAGUGGGGUUUUGGUGCCACAGUCUGGGAGGUGUUCAGCGGGAUCCCGAUACCCAUCAGCACCCUGGAUCCUGCCAAGAAGCUUCAGUUUUAUAAAGAACAGCAGCAGCUCCCUGCCCCCAAGUGGAUGGAGCUCGCCAUGCUGAUCCAACAGUGCAUGGUCUACGAGGCAGGCCAGAGGCCCUCCUUCCGUGCCAUCAUCCGCGACCUGAACAGCCUCAUCACUUCAGAUUAUGAGCUCCUCUCAGACCCCACACCUGGUGCCUUGACGCCCCGUGAUGGGCUAUGGAAUGGCGCCCAGCUCUACGCCUACCAAGACCCUACUAUUUUCGAGGAGAGACACCUCAAGUACAUCUCACAGCUGGGCAAGGGCAACUUUGGCAGCGUGGAACUGUGCCGCUAUGACCCGCUGGGCGACAACACAGGCGCCCUAGUGGCAGUGAAGCAGCUGCAACACAGCGGGCCAGACCAGCAGAAGGACUUCCAGAGGGAGAUCCAGACCCUCAAAGCCCUCCACAGUGACUUCAUUGUCAAGUACCGCGGUGUCAGCUAUGGCCCAGGCCGCCAGAGCCUGCGGCUGGUGAUGGAGUACCUGCCCAGCGGCUGCCUGAGGGACUUCCUACAGCGGCACCGCGCGCGCCUCGAUGCCAACCGCCUGCUCCUCUACGCCUCACAGAUCUGCAAGGUAAGCCAGGUUGGGCCCCUGCUGGUUGCGCUGGAGUGUGGCCCUCACGCUCGCCUGCAGGGCAUGGAGUACCUGGGCUCCCGCCGCUAUGUGCACCGCGACCUUGCCGCGCGUAACAUCCUGGUGGAGAGCGAGACGCACGUCAAGAUCGCCGACUUCGGCCUCGCCAAGCUGCUGCCGCUCGACAAAGACUACUACGUGGUCCACAAGCCCGGCCAGAGCCCCAUCUUCUGGUACGCCCCAGAGUCUCUCUCUGACAACAUCUUCUCGCGCCAGUCGGACGUCUGGAGCUUCGGGGUCAUCCUGUACGAGCUUUUCACCUACGGGAACAAGAGCUGCAGCCCCUCAGCCGAGUUCCUGCGGAUGAUGGGGAUGAUGGGAUGUGAUAGAGACGUCCCGGCCCUCUGCUGCCUCCUGGAACUUCUGGCUGAGGGCCAGAGGCUGCCGGCGCCUGCUGCCUGCCCUGGUGAGGUUCAUGAGCUCAUGAAGCUGUGCUGGGCCUCUAGCCCGAAAGACCGACCAACAUUCAGUGCCUUGGGCCCUCAGCUGGACGCACUAUGGAGUGCGAGCCGGGGGUAGCAGAGAGAGUGAAACUCACGCCUUCCCUGCUUGUCUGGAGGAGGAAACCCACUCACUUCAUUUUUAUAUCUCCUGCACACACACCUCUGGGUUCUAGUCUUUGUGCACUGGCUGUGUGACCUGGGGCAGAAGGUUGCCCCUUUCUGGGCUUUCUGCUUCACAGAGACCCCCAUGGGGCAAAUGACAUUGCAUUUGAGGGGCACCCCUGGCUUGUGGGGCAGCAGUAGUCUUAUGGCCUCGGGAACUUGCAAAGAUUCAAGAUGAAUGCCUUGGUGGGACCUGCUGUGUGCCUCGCCCCCAGAAUCCAGGAGCCAAAUUUAAGCCCCUCCUAUCUGCCUAUCCUCACAGGGUUUGGCCCUGAGCUCCCUGUCUCAGUGAAGACCUUGCAGCGCUUGAAAUACACGCUUCUUUUCAUCCCUCCCGCCCUCGCAGCUGCCAGGGUUGGAAAUUCACUUUGGGCCGGGGAAGGGGAGCCUGUGUGACUUUUGGGGAUCCUGUGAGGGGCGAGGAGAGGCUGGGGUCUCGUCCACACUAACUGUACCAGAGUGUCCUGGGCCUUCCCUUUGCCCACUUGAACACUGGGACCCUUUCUGUCCUAACCGGAGGGUCACGCAGUUGAUGACGCUGGAGACUUACUGGAGCUUUUCAGCAGCUGAGGAAAGGAAAGGCAUUUUUGGCAGAGGGAACAGCAUGGUGAGAGUGAGGAGGCUUAGAAUACAGAAGUCAAGAGCCCAGGUGUUGGAGCCCAUGGUUCUGCCACUUAAUUGCUAUGUGAUGGUGGGCACCUUGCCUCCCCUACGGGUGUCUCAGUUUCACCUCCUGUACAAUGGGCAGAUAAAUGGUCCUGGUCUCUUCCUGUACACAGGCAGCUUCUGGAGGAUUGUGAGAAGGCAUCUGGUGGAGGUUAAGCCGCCCCAUCCCCAACUCCUCACCUGCCUGCAAUCUUUUCUGCCACUUUUACCCCCCUGGAAAACUCUUAUUUACCUCUCAAAACCCCAGCUGUCACCUCCAGGCAGUCUUCCCUGUGGCAUACUCGGCCACGCCUCACCCACCCUGUACUUCCCUCUGACCGGAAGGCUGGGGGUCUCUGUCCAGAUCUGUCUCCUCUGACCUGGAGGCUCCCAGGGGGCUGGGCUGGGUCGGGCACAAAGGGGACUCUGGGAGCAUUCCUUGAAUGAAUAAAGUUCAGUGGAAAGAAUAA